AGCGCUGACUGAACAGCUGGUGACUUUCUCUAGCUGCGAUACUCUUCUUACUACUGAGUGCAAGCUCGGCCAUUACAGUUUCAAUUGUUAGCGCGCGUAAGUGAUGUUUCCCAGUUGAUUUUCUCUUUUAUUUGAGUGGCUGCUGUGGCUCAGAGAAAGUGGAGGUUCCGGCUUCUUUGAGGAGGCAUGAGGAAAAAGGGGCACAUGGAAACGGCGUUGCCAGUCGCUGUCCUACUGCUUAUGCUGAGGUUCGGUCUGUGUGAAGAGGUGGAGCAUGCAGCGAGAGCACGCCAAGUCCCAAUGUCUCCUUCUGACUUUCUGGACAAGCUGAUGGGGAGGACAUCUGGUUACGAUGCAAGAAUAAGACCAAACUUUAAAGGACCUGCUGUCAACGUGUCGUGCAACAUUUUCAUCAACAGUUUUGGCUCCAUUGCAGAGACUACUAUGGACUACCGUGUGAAUAUCUUCCUUCGACAGCAAUGGAAUGAUCCUCGGCUGUCCUAUGCAGAAUACCCAGAUGACUCUCUGGACUUGGACCCCUCAAUGCUGGACUCCAUUUGGAAACCAGAUUUGUUCUUUGCCAAUGAAAAGGGAGCCCACUUUCAUGAGGUCACAACAGACAACAAGCUGCUCCGGAUAUUUAAGAAUGGCAAUGUUUUGUACUCAAUUAGGCUGACAUUAACUCUGUCAUGUCCCAUGGAUCUAAAGAACUUUCCUAUGGAUGUACAGACCUGCAUAAUGCAGUUGGAGAGCUUUGGCUACACCAUGAACGACCUGAUAUUUGAGUGGCAAGAAAACGGACCUGUACAAGUGGCUGAAGGGCUAACACUGCCACAAUUCAUACUGAAAGACGAGUCGGAUCUCAGAUACUGCACCAAGCACUACAACACAGGGAAAUUUACCUGUAUUGAGGUGCGAUUCCACCUGGAACGUCAGAUGGGCUACUACCUGAUUCAAAUGUACAUUCCCUCACUCCUGAUCGUGAUCCUUUCCUGGGUGUCAUUCUGGAUUAACAUGGAUGCCGCCCCAGCAAGAGUGGCACUUGGAAUCACCACAGUCCUCACCAUGACGACACAGAGUUCUGGUUCCAGAACUUCCUUACCCAAGGUCUCGUAUGUUAAGGCCAUAGAUAUUUGGAUGGCAGUCUGUCUGCUGUUUGUUUUCUCUGCCUUGUUGGAGUAUGCGGCCGUCAACUUUGUAUCACGGCAACAUAAAGAGCUGCUGCGGUUCAAGCGACAUCACAAGAACAAGAGCAUCCACAAGAACAAUGGAGGUGCAGUUGAUCCAGAAGAACUAGCUGACAACCUCCAGCGUGUUAGGACAGACAAUGACCUGAGAGCAGCAGAACCUUUCUAUGGAUCUAUGAGCAACAUCUACACCAGCACCAAUAGGGAAGGGGAAGUGCAUGAGACCAAGCUGACCUAUACAGUGGCUGUGACAUCUACUCCCAACAAUAGCAAAGACUCCAAGACCAGUGUCAACAAUACAGUGCCGACUGCUGUUGGGGCUGUGGCCACCACGACCCAGAACACCCCUGGAGGACCAAUACCCGCAAGUCGAGGAUGUAAAAGCACUGAGGAGAUGAGGAAAUUGUUUAUCGACCGAGCCAAAAAAAUUGACACUGUGUCCAGGGCCGGCUUUCCCCUGGCGUUCCUCUUCUUCAAUAUAUUCUACUGGGUUCUUUAUAAAAUACUUAGACAUGAAGAUGUUCAUAAGCCUUGAAAACAGUUUCAUGUGAGGACACUCCUGUUGCACUCCUGUCGUCACUUACACACAAGGAACGCAUAGAAUACAAAGAGAGGAAACAUGAGAAGUCAGACUAGUUCCGAGUCAGAUUAUUAAUCUGUAGUGCCAGCUAGGAGCAGGAAGUCAUUUCAGGGAAGUCAUUUCAUUCUCUCUGAAACAAUGCAUGUAUGUGGUAUGGACGAAAUCCAUGGUGACCGUUUUUAAGAGUUUAAAACUCUUGAACCAUGUUACGUACAAUUUUGUGCACAUGCUUUAUUUAAACUUUCUUUUGUUGGUCUGUAACAAAUGAGUCCGCCCUCACAUUUCCACUCUCAUGAAGUCAAAUUGACAGGACAACAUUAAGUUUACUAUACGUAAAGGUAUUGAUUUGAGUCAUCAGUCAUCAUCAGUGCAUCUCUGCACUGUACCACACAUCAUGAUGUCAAUCAUAACUUCACACCGUGCUUCAUCAUGAGAGGCAUGUAGCUUAUGUCAUAGUAGGUAUAAGGCGUUAUGAUGAUUAUGAUUAUUAUUAUUAUUGACUACUUCAUUAUUAUUAGAGGUCUGGCAGGGAACGGUCCACAUUUCUUCAGGUCCUUGCACAUCAAGCGCUUAUUUUUUGUGCCAAUAUUUCACACAUUAUUUUUUUUUCCAAACCUGCUGUUUUUCAGCACAGGCUUGCACAUCAGCAACGUCAUUUCGUCGAGCAUUUAUUUUUGGGGGGCUGUGUUCAAUUUUUCCAAAGUUUUGCUUGCUUGCACAGUUGUUUGGAGGAGAAUAGCUGUGGAGAUUGAACAUGAUGACAGUGUGUGUAUAAUGAAGCUCAUGUAAAUUGCCGGUGUAGGUACCAAAUCCGUCUGCUUACCAAAUGUGUCCCACCUGCCGUGGGGGGUGAUUGAAAUGAAGGAUUUGAUGGCACUUUUUACCACAUGCGUACCACAUGCGUACCACAUGCGCCGAGGUGAUCACCUCCGGCCUGAAAGCAGGGUUGGGUGAAGGGUCGCCCAGUCACCAUCACCCCCAAAAGACGUACACCUGGGAUUGACUGACAAAGCCAUCAGGUCACUCACCCGCUUCACCGUAGACAUUGCCAGAAGCAACACUGUCAUAAAAAACACUGUCUCAUGAGUCAGAUCCUCCAGUGAAGACUCUGCCAAACUUUCAAACGGGGAUUACACAGACCCUCCAGGAGGCCUGAUCCGCCUGAGACCAAGCAGGAAUCUUUUAAUGAUCGGAUGACUCCUCACCAAGAAGUGGCCCAGACCCUGGUCUCCCACCGGAAUGGCAGCUGCAAAUACAUUCAAUGUAGAAGCUGCCCGUCCUUUAGCCAGCAUCUCCUGGAGAACGGAAAAUUUACCAGAAAAAUUACAACUAACCUGUGAGAGCGCCUCCUCUGGAACAGAACCUCAGAUAACGUCAGUGAUGCAUGAAGGGAACAUGAAAAUAUGCAUCUGUCAGGUCCACUGACAUCAUCCAGUCUCCUGACGUGACACACUUGAGAAGCUGUCUGACCAUCAGUAUUCUGAACGGACAUGAUGCAAUGUGAGUGUUUAACCUCCAGAAAUCCAGGAUGGUUGUCAACUUUUCUGAUCUCUUAGGGACGAGGUUAUACACUAAGUAAAACCAUGUCUUUCACUCCUCCAGCGGGACUUUUCGAACUGCCCGCUUUUUUAGCAGAGAAUUUAUGUCUUGUUCUAAGCACUGAUCCUGCAGUCCUGAGCAGGCCGUGCUGUGCCCCCCAUUGAACAUGAGAGGUCGGACACGGAACUGAAGCUCAUAACACAUGGCUAAUGUUCUGUCCAUCCAUGGAGAAAGAGGUCUCUCCACUCCGGGAGAAAGUCCGACAGACGGAGCCGAGUCAGGGUAACCGGCCAUAAGCACGGAUGUCUUCUUCUCCAGCUGCUCCGGGACAUUGGUACCAAACAGGGUGUGAUCUGUAGUUGGUGCUCCCACAAGGGUCCGUCUCUCCAGUUCCUUGAGGCCGGUCUUGGAGAGCCAGGUCUGGCCUGUGUCAUCAUCUGGAACGCCUCCAUCGUCUGGGACUGCUCCAGGAGCUCCUCCUCACUGCCCACCCUCUCAAAGACCGCCUUGACCAUGGCUGCUGACAACAGGGUCAUGUUGUUGGUGAGGUUCGGAACGUGGAGCGCAUGGGAGUAGGCUGUGGGAACACAUUAAGACCCACCUCGUUUUCAUGGAACCAUCCGUCGUCCUACUCUGUCAUAAUGGUCCAAACCAGCUUCCACAGACAAAGGAGGACAGGACUCGACCGCCGGGGAAGCAGGGUUCCCUGGAACUUGCUAGCAUUAUUGAUAACUCUUAAAAGAACAGCAUAAUAGACCCCUUAAAAUGAGGCAAGUAGCAUUAGAUGUUUUGUUUUGGCCUUAUGGAAAAGUAAAUUGACAACACACCCUACAGAAAUGGGUAACCUGACAAUUCAGGGGAGAAACAGCAAAAGCCAGUGGAUACUUGGCCUUAGAAUUACCAAACCACUGUGACAUUGUUUAUGCCAUUUGACCCAUGCUGUGUUAUUUUGAUUUCAUUGUGUUUGAGAGGAAACAGCUUGUAAUUCUUUCCUCAAAUACACAGUGACGGUGUGGCCCACUGAACUGUACAAACAUUGCAACAGUGAACAUUUUCUCAUGGCUUGAAACAGUAGAGCGUCAGCAUUUUCAGAUUUAAAUAUACCCUACCUAUUGCUUUACCAUGACACAGGUGAUUUACAAGUGAACAAAUAAACCAACAAGAACAAGACAAAUAUUAGUUCAAACUGACGGACAUAACGGCUGGGACUCACUCAUGAAGACCGAUUAGAGGAGGUCUGGCAUUAAUGAUACUAUAUUAAAAAGUGACACGAGAAGGGGAGAAAGAAGGAAGAUGCAAUGACUUGUUUUUGACGUUAAAUAUUUGGUCAGUAUGUAUUGGGUUGUUUAAUAUAUUAACCUAAUAGAUUUUAAGGUUAUUUAAUAUAUUUUGCACACAUUCUGAAAAAAGAAAGAAAACACACAAAAUGGUGACCGCUGGCUUUUGUUGUCUACUUUGAAACAAUUUGCUUUCAAAUGUUAAUCAGCAUGAAAUGCACUGGGUAUUCAGUCAUCCAAGCCAGUUCUUACCCCUUCACAAUGAUGUUCAAAGCACAGCCAUUUAAUAAAAAAGAAAAUCUUCUCUCUGGAUCAACUUCAUCACCAGCACGUUGCCCAUUUAGAUGUGACUUAAGCAGUUUGUUAUCGAUCUUAUACUUAAAGAUCGAUGUGCUCGCCUAAAACGUUCUAAAAGUUUUUGCAUAAAGGUUUUUGCAAUGUUUUUGCUGAACAUUUCAUAUAAAUCAACUCAUAGCAUUUGGAGUGACAAUACCGAGAAACAAAUAAAAACACUAUUCGUUGAAAGGUAAUGAUAAUUAAACCCUUGUGUUUCGCCAAACUCACCAAGUUGCACCCCAUGUGUCACAUAAACUCUGAUUGAAAUAUGCUUUCUCUCACUCUUCACUCCAGUUUUAAACGUCCACUCAAGCUCAGUGAAGCACAGUUUGUGGUCCAGCCCCCAUGUAAAAAUCUGAUACAUGUACAUGCUAUUUAGCAGUGGAUAAGCCAGUCUGUGAAUGUGUGCCUGUGUGCAUGCGUGUCAGGGGAGGGGGGAGUAUUAUGGUGCUUUUGAACAA